CUGCUGCAAGAUUUCCUCCAAAUCCGCGAAAGUUCCCACAAGUUUGUUUUCGUUUUUUCAUCAAGCUUACAGCAGCAUUUUUGUCCGCCAGCUAUUAUUACUCAAUUUCCAGUGCGGCACACGUGCACUACUCGCAGUGCGCUAAUCAGAAAAUCGCUGGCAGCUAGGCAGGUCCGCAACUAUUAUUCAGCACAAAAUACAAAGGCUACACACAAAAUUCGGAAUUACAUAAGAAACGUCGAAUGGCUAAGCAGAAAUAAUAUCAAUCGGAGAGCGAUUAGAAACACGUCUGUCUAGGAAAUUUCGUCAGCAUUCUGGAAGCAGCAAGAGCGCUAAAUUAAACAAAAAACAACUCCGACUGGUCUCUCCACUGGCAGAAAACGAGUGAAAAUAUGUGCUGGGCAACAACAAAGCAAAGGCAGAAAUGUUUCAACUGUAGCAGCAGCAGCGGCAAAAACGACGAAAGCAACAAAAACCAGAGGAGCAGCAGCAACAACAACAACUGUGCGCCUAGCAACAAGACAAAUUCGGCGAGCGAUUUCCUUUGAUU